AUGUCUAGCAAUACUACUCCAAUAGUUCUGUCUAGCUAUGAUGCCUCGGGCCAAUAUUUUGGCUACGUUUCUGUUGCUUUAGAUAGACAAAGAAUCGCAAUCGAACCUGUUCAAAAGAGUGGAAAUUUAUCAACUAUUGUUGGUGCUGAUAACAAUUACUUUUUAUUAGAUGACUCAAGUCACAACGUUUCUACUUUGGAAUGGUACUAUUCUUCUAGCGCCGAUGCUCAGUGUAUUGCUUUGGGUUUAAAUAUAGGUGAAAUUUGGAUCUAUUCACCACUUGCGAACGAUGUUAUACAUAAAUUUUCUACAGGUAAUUCUCGUGCAAUUAAAGAUAUUAAAGUUCAAGGCAAUAGUUUAUGGUGUAUUGAUGCAGACGAUGUCUUUUAUGAAUUCGAUAUAGAGAAUUUUCAAUUAACACAGCAUUUUAAGGUAGAAAACUGUUUUCAAUUGAAUAAGUUAUGUCUUUUACCUAAAGAUUCGAAAAAAUUAUUAGUUGCAUCUCAUUCAAUUUACUUGGUCGAUAUUUCCAAAAAAGAAAUUAUUCUAACAUUCCCUGGCCAUGUCUUACCAGUUACUAUUCUCAAAUUGCUAUCUAGCGACUUUUUCUUGAGUGGUGCACACAAUGAUAGAUUUUUAAAUGUUUAUGAUCUCAAUACUGGUUUAGCUAAAUCUAUUUUAGUUGCUCAGUCGAACGUUCUAGAGCUAUCUCAUAUUGGCCAAGAUAAUAUUGCAAUUACAACAGAAGAUGGAAUGGUAGAACUAUUUAUCGAUCCAUUAGUUAAUAAUAAGAUAAAAAGAAGAGCCGCAAAAUCUAAGCAAUCUAAUAAACAAAUCAGGUUUAAAGCGGAUCGGGAAAUUCCUACCCCAGUGAUUAAUGUUUUUAUCAAUCAAGAUAUUUUGAAUGUCACACUGGUACAAGGUGCAUCUGUCCCAAUUUUUAAACAAUUUCAAUAUAAGGAACUACCUUCUGAACAUACUGAAAUGGUUUCAUUAUUAAUAAGUAACAAGAGUUCAAAUAAGUUACUAUAUACUAAUGAUGUUUCUUCAGCAAUCAAUUAUGCAGAGCGUAGCGUCAAAGUUACAUCUGGUGAUAACUUUAAGCAUGUUACAGACGCUAUAAAGGAGUGGGAAUUAGAAGGAGAUGAAGAAGAGAAAAAGGGUGAAGAUGGACCAGUUUUUAAAGCGUUUAUUGAUGAUUUAGAUUCUAUGUCACUGCAAAACAUCGCAAGUAAAACUGGUAAAAAAAUCAAAGGUGGAAAUUUUGAAAAGAGAGCUGCUGGUACUAUGUCUGUUGUUUUAACACAAGCAUUACAAUCAAAUGAUCACACUCUCUUAGAAACUGUAUUAAGCCGUUCAAAUACAAAUGCCAUUAAAGAUACUAUUUUUAGAUUAAAACCCGUUUUAGCUGUUGUGUUAUUGGAAAGAUUAGCUGAAAAAAUUGCUAGACAGACACAUAGACAAGAUCAACUUAGUGUUUGGAUCAAAUGGUGCUUGAUCGUACACGGUGGUUAUUUAGUUACCGUUCCUAAUUUGAUUUCUUCAUUAUCCUCCCUUUAUUCAACCUUAAAAAGACGCUCUGAUUUAUUACCAACAUUUUUAGGAUUACAAAGUAGAUUACUCAAAACCUUAAAUACGUUAUCUGUUGCUGAAGAACUUUUAUUAGAUAAACAAAAAGAUGAUGAAUACUUGAAACAGGAAGAAGAAUAUGUUGAAUAUAACGAAGAAUUAGAUGAUGCGGGCUUAAUAGAUGACGGUGAAGAAGAUUAUGAAGAAUACGAAGAUAGUAAUGAUGAGGAUGAUGGAAGCGAUGACGACGCUGAAGAGAAUAUUGAGCAUUCUGAGAAACUAACACAGGAAUAUUUAGAUGCAAGUGAUAAAGAGGAGGAAGGAGGCUACAGUGAUCUUGAAACUGUUUAA